CCUGAACUCACGUCAUCGAAAAGCGACGUAAACGCGGAAGUAGGUUGUUGGUUACGAACUCAGCGAGUGUUGGACAAUGAAUACAUGAAACUAGAAAUUUUGACAGGAACAUUAUGGAAAAGGCAUUCAGCAGACCGCAGUGACUCGACAGGACAAUAAAAUGACACCAAAUCUCCCAUGAAUGGAGCAGCCUGACCAUUGAGGGCUCUGUUGACAAGGGCAGGAUGGGCAGGCAGCGAAAGAGGGUGGUGACCGGAGAUGCCGCCCCUCCUCUUCUAAGAAAAGAUGAAAAAACCCCUACGUUGCCCCGCAAGGAGAAGAAGAAGAAAGCGGACAUUGGCAAAAUCUUCAUCAACAUCUCCAUCGGCCUCUGCGUGGUCAGCCUCAUCUGGUUCUUCUAUGCCCUUUACAUGCGUUCCAGUCUGGCCAAGCGGGUGGUGACGUUGCACCCGUCACCUCGUGUCCUGGAUACCAAUUCCAGCAGUGCCCAGGUCUCCCCGGACAGGUUCUGGGGUUCCUACAGGCCUCAGGUCUACUUUGGGAUGAAAACAAGGAGUCCGAGGUCAAUUGUGACAGGUAUGAUGUGGAUGAGUCAGUUUUCCGACAUGGAUGUGAACCUGAGGCACACCUGCGAGCAGGGAGAUCGCUUGCAAGGUUACGGCUGGCUGAUGCAUGACGGGCUCACCUUCGGCGUCCAGGAGAUCCGAGAUAACAAUUUCAUACUGACGACUGAGUUUGUCAAGAGGGUGGGAGGAGAUCACGGUGGAGACUGGACCUGGAGGGUCACUGCAAAGCAACACCGCUCUGCGCCCAAGGCGCCAGUCAUCUCCCUGAUGUUCUACGCUGCAGCAGAUUCCCAAGGUUCACUGGAGGCUCACGUGGAGGAGAAAAAACGCCUCGCCUCCAUCACGGGCGCCACCGAAGAGCUUGGCAAUUUCAAGAUCACGUUCCGAAAACCAGUUGGCGGGGAUUUAACAAGUCCUAAAUAUGCCAGUUACAACUACCUGCAAACUCGCACUUCUGGUUUGGAGAAGCUGACUGACAUUGUGAAGCACAGUCUGAACCACAGGUUUGUCUUUAGCCCGCCAUCCGGCGAGAGGAGGCAUUACAUCGCCGUGGAUGACUAUAAACCCCACUGCCAGCCCAACCAACAGAAGAACCACCCCGGCGCUAGAGAAGAGGAUGACUUUGUGGUGCACCAGGUCACUGUUCAGAUGCCCUUUCAAAUGGAAGUCCUCUUUGAGUCAGCGAGCUUUCACGACCGCCCCGGCCACCUGGUGGGUCCGAUCAUGACCCAGGAGCUGGAGAAGAGGAAGGCCGAGUUCGAUGCCAAGUUUGAGAAGACAUUUGGGCUUGACAGCAAAGGUUACAGUCGGGCGUACAUAAAGUUUGGCAAGGCGGCGCUCAGCAACAUGUUGGGCGGAAUGGGCUACUUCUACGGCCAGUCGGUGGUUCAGUCUGUCUACAAUGAAUACCCUCUCCUAUACCCAGAGGGUGUGUUAUUUACUGCCGUCCCAUCGCGCUCCUUCUUCCCCCGAGGUUUUCUUUGGGAUGAGGGUUUUCACCAGCUGCUGCUGAGUAAGUGGGACCUCCAGGUGACGAGAGAAGCCAUCUCCCACUGGAUAGACUUGAUGAACAUAGAGGGCUGGAUCCCCCGUGAGCAGAUCCUCGGAGAUGAGGCUCACAGUAAGGUCCCUGCUGAGUUUGUAGUUCAGCGGAACGAGAACGCCAACCCGCCCACUCUCUUUUUAGCUCUUCAGGAACUAAUCAAACAGUUCUCAUUAAAGACAGCUAGCAUGGAGGCGCAGCCAACCUUGCCUUUCCUCAGACGACUGUACCCCAGACUCAAGACGUGGUUUGAGUGGUAUAACACCACUCAGUCGGGGCCACGGCCUAACUCGUACCGCUGGCGUGGGCGUGACAAGGACACUAAUCUCUUCCUCAAUCCCAAGACGUUGACCUCUGGUCUGGACGACUACCCGCGGGCCUCACACCCAUCGGCACAAGAGCGUCACGUGGACCUGCACUGCUGGAUGGCCCUGUCCUCGGGCAUCAUGGCUCAGAUUGCUAAGCUUUUAGGCGAACCGCACCAGGACUACGAAUUGACCCACCAAGUGCUGACAGACAACAAGCUGCUGAACGAGCUCCACUGGUCUGAGAAACUUGGUGCUUUCAGCGACUACGGCAACCACACUCAGGACCUAUCCUUGGAGCAGGAGAAGGUGUACAUGCCUCCAGGACAACACCGUCACCAGUUCCCCGUCACGCGACUUGUUCGCUCUGUCCGCAAGGCUCCCAAACUCCAGUAUGUCAACGCAUUGGGUUACGUCAGCUUGUUCCCCUUCCUACUGCACAUUCUUCAGCCAGACUCGCCCAAAAUGGAACACAUUCUCAGAGACAUGAAAGAUCCCAAUAAGCUGUGGACACCUUACGGCUUGCGCUCUCUCUCCAAAGCCAAUCCGUUGUACAUGAAGCGAAACACGGAACACGACGCUCCCUACUGGAGAGGACCGGUGUGGAUCAACAUCAACUACCUGGCAGUGAGAGCCCUCCACCAGUACAGCAAUAUGCAGGGGCCGUAUCAGGAGCAGGCAGCUGCUCUGUAUGAGGAACUCAGGACUAACAUUAUCAGUAAUGUAUACAGACAGUAUGCUGAAACAGGGUACAUCUGGGAACAGUACAAUGACGCCACUGGCAGGGGUCAAGGAAGCCACCCCUUCACUGGCUGGUCAGCCCUAACGUUAUUAAUGAUGGCUGAACAGUACUAAUAUCAUCUCAUCAGCAAACUAAAGAGCCCCAUGUCAUGACGUGGGAGGGAAAAAGUUAGCAUUCAUUCGUUGAUUUAAAACCAGUAGUAGUUUGUAUGUUAGCCUGUGUUUUCAUGUUUUGACUGCGGGGAUCAGAAUAGACUUGCAUUGAUUUUUUCAACCUUAUUUCAAAAUAAUAAAUGAUUUGGCUAUUCAUUUAAUAUUA